AUGGCCAUGUAUGGCUGGUUCAGGCUUCCAGCACCUCCAUCAUGUUCCACCGAGGUGAAUAAGGAUGUCAAUGUCCGGUUUCAAAACGGGCCAUAUAGGCAGGGGUUUCUAAAUGUGCUCCGGAAUAAGUCGCCAUACCACUUCGAAGGGCACACUCUAAUGUUCUAUCUAGACCAAUCCAGAGCAACACUCAAUUGGCGCAGAUCCCUGAGACCGCUGGCAGCAGAGCUGAUAAGAAACAACGUGCCUUACAAAUGGGACAACCCAAAAUGCCUGCUAUUACCUCGAGAUACUGAGAAUCUGAAAGUCCAAGAGAUCUUGGACAUUACAAACACCCUACAGCAACUGAUGCUGACCACAUCACAUAGAGGUACACUGCCUGCAACCCAAGAGCCCCAAAGUCCACUUGGGAUCCAGUUAAGGUUCACCCAUUCGUGGCAAUUCUGCAUUGGCAGCUAUCUCCUGAACAACUGA